AUGGAGCGUAAAGGAAGUGAGAGCCCGGUUUCUGUCAGGCAGUGGAGCAGUGAAUCUAGCUCUCUUUCUUCACGUAAUGCUGCUGCUGGCCAUGCUCGCUCCUCCUCCCUAACUCUCACCGGAAACAAUGGAAUCUCAACCGUCAAGAGGAAUCAAAAUGUUGCCGCCAAAGCCGCCGCUCAGCGCCCUCGUUUAUUACCUCAGAAUCCUGUGGUUCUGGAAGAAGCACCAGCAUCAGCGUCGUAUCUUCGUCCGGCUCCGGCACUAUCACCGGCACCGGCACAAUCACCUACAGUGAAUAGACCACCGCUCAGCCUCAGGACUCCUACUCUGGCCGCAGCAGCAGCAGCAGCUCCAGCUCCAGCUCCAGCUCCAGCUCCAGCUCCACUCGACCCUCUCAUUCGCUCCAAUAAGCCAAAGGAUAAAAGGUUUCCGUUUGACUCUGGCCUUGUUCAGCCAAAAGAUUCAGGAGGAAACCGUGAUGCUUCUGCACUUCUUGAUGAGGUUGAUAUGCUCCAGGAAGAGAAUGAAAGCAUUCUUGACAAGCUCAAAGUUGAGGAAGAGAGAUGCAAGGAAGCAGAGGCCAGAGUUAGGGAGCUUGAGAAACAGGUAGCUUCUCUUGGAGAAGGUGUAUCUUUGGAAGCUAAACUUUUGAGCAGAAAGGAAGCAGCAUUGCGCCAAAGAGAGGCUGCACUUAAAAAUGCCAAAGACUCUAAGGAUGGAAUUGGUAAGGAAAUCACAUCUCUGAAGGCUGCAGUUGAGAACGCAAAAGUUGAAGUGGCUGCUGCUGUGAGCCAGUUAAAUGGAGCUGAAUCUGAAGUGAAAGCUCUUCGGUCAAUGACACACAGAAUGAUAUUAACUCAGAAAGAAAUGGAGGAAGUUGUUCUUAAGAGGUGUUGGCUUGCUCGGUAUUGGGGUUUAGCUGCAAAAUAUGGCAUCUGUGCAGAUGUUGCAGUUUCAAAGUAUGAACUUUGGUCAUCAUUAGCCCCUCUUCCUUUUGAGGUUGUCCUUUCUGCGGGACAAAAAGCUAAGGAGGAAUGCUGGGAAAAAGGUGAUGAAGCCCCAGAUAAGAGGAGCAAACUUGUUCCAGAUUUGAAUGAUCUUACUGGAGAAGGAAAUAUCGAGAGUAUGCUUUCAGUUGAAAUGGGACUGAAGGAGCUUGCAUCUUUAAAGGUUGAGGAUGCUAUUGUGCAAGUAUUAGCCCAACAACGUCGUCCAAGUUCUGCUCGACAAUCUGUCUCAGAUAUUAAAUCACCAGGGGACCCGAAGUUCAUGGAAGCCUUUGAAUUAAGUCCAGAGGAGUCUGAGGAUGUUCUUUUCAAGGAGGCUUGGCUUACAUAUUUUUGGAGAAGAGCAAAGGCUCAUGGUAUAGAGGAGGACAUUGCCAAAGAACGUCUUCAGUUUUGGAUUGGUCGAAGUGUGCAUUCUCCUACCUCGCAUGAUGCUGUUGACGUUGACCAAGGACUUUUGGAGCUCAGGAAACUGGGGAUUGAACAUCGACUCUGGGAAGCAUCCAGGAAAGAAGUUGAUCACGAAUAUACUAUUGCACCAAAAUUAACGACUUGACCUGAAAUUAAUGUUUAGUUAAUUUCCUUUGAUAGGUUUUUGACGUAUUAUAUAUACGAAUGUUGGAUUUAAUCUUCCACUUACAAAUUUGCCUCACACAAUGGUGUUCAAGCGAGUUUAUCCCACGUCUAGCAUUAAGCUUUUUAACUAUUUUUAUAACACUGUUCAACAAAAUUUAGGAUCUUAUGACACUCUAGUGCAUUUCAUUUACCCCUGUUUGGAUGAGGCAAAUAAUAUUGAUAGCCCGUCAGAACAAUGAGAUAACAUGCAAUAAUAUUUUCAACCAAAA